UUGAAUAUUAAUAUUAAUAUCUCCAAAUUUCGUCGUCCAUUUCGUAUGUCAUUUUCCAACUGCUCCUUCAAAAACCAAGCCAACUUCCUUCAAUUAUCGCACGACCAAAAAAAAUAAGAAAAGUCAAACAAACCUCCAUUGUUGUUCUAAACUAGAGAAAAUGAGUUGUGUAAACAAUGAUGGUGGUAGUUCCAAUAAUGAAUUUGAUCAAAAUGUGUUGGUCAUGAGGCAUGGUGAUCGGAUGGAUAACUUUGAUACAACAUGGGUAAAAACUGCUGCGCGGCCAUGGGAUCCGCCCCUUUUUGAAGCUGGAAAAACUAGGGCUUUUAAUGUUGGUAAAUAUUUCAAAACUCAACUCGAUUUUCCGAUUCAUAGAGUGUUUGUUUCCCCGUUUUUAAGGUGUAUUCAAACUGCUGCUGAGGUUAUGAAUGGACUUUGCUCUGAUGAUGCUGGUGAUGAUUUUUCUAAAGUUAAGGUAUCGAUUGAGUAUGGGUUGUGUGAGAUGUUGAUCAGGGAAGCUAUAAGACCUGAAUUGGCACCUAAAGAUGGUAAUUUUGAUUUCAAUUUGUCUGAGCUUGAAGCCAUGCUACCUGUUGGAACUGUAGAUCAUACUGUUGAAAGAAUUUACUCAGAGAUGCCACGGUGGGAAGAGACUGUUUUAGGUUGCAGGAGCAGAUAUGAGCAAGUCAUUCAGGCGCUUGCCGAUAAAUAUCCUACGGAAAACCUGCUGCUAGUUACACAUGGAGAAGGUGUUGGGACUUCCGUUUCAACUUUAAAGAAAGAUGCUGUUGUUUAUGAAGUAAACUACUGUGCUUAUUCUCAUGCAAAAAGACACAUCGUGUUAGCAGAAAAUGGCUCGUUCGAUGCUGGAAGUUUUGAUUUGGUCACUGCUUCUAAUGAGACUGGCAUCCACUGGAUAUUGAACAACACAGCCGAUGGUGUAUGACCUCUCAAUUCAAAAUAAACUCGGAAAAUUUCUACAUUGCUAAAGGCUGGUGUGAUUCUUAAUAAUAGUUUGCAGUCGCGUGCUUUAAGAUCCAUUCUUUUCUAUCAAGAAUAUGCGUAAUGUUUUUAGAUUCAUAUAUUUUUUAUCAUUGGAUUGGAUGAUAAAACAUUUGAAAGGAAACGAUCAAAGUUGUUGAUGCCUCAUAGUCAUUA